AUGAUGAAGGAAGUAAAGAGCCAAAUGAAGGUUGGGGUCGCAAUUGAAGUGCUAUGGAGGAAGUAUGCAAAAGAAAUAAGCUUUGUCCUUCCAAAACUUGCUCCCAAUUUAGUGCGUAGUAUUGAAGUUAUUGAAGGAGAUGGUGGCCUUGGUACUGUUUAUCUGAUCAACCUUGGCUCUGAGAAAUCAAGUCUCGGGUACCAGAAGGAGAAAGUUACAGUAUUCAACGAGUCCCUGCAUCAGAUUGGGAUGCAAGUGAUCGAAGGGGGACACCUGAAUCAUGGGUUCACUUCUUACACAACUGUUAUACAAUUUAAUGCAGUUGGAGAAUCAGAGACUGGUGUGGAUGUUAAGGUUCUAUACGAAACUGAAGCAGAAGAAACUCGCAUGCCAGAGGAAACUGCAAAAGCAAUACUUGCUUUCAUAAAACGCCUUGAGGAUUAUCUGUUAAAACAAGGCUCUUAG